AUGAAUAGUGACGAAAUAUUACCGACGAUGCUCGAUGCAGUAAUUGUUGGUGCCGGUUUCGCAGGUCUUUACAUGUUGUAUCGCUUACAGGAGCAAGGUUUUUCAGCAAGGAUUCUUGAGGCUGGUGAUGGUAUCGGUGGUACAUGGUAUUGGAAUCGUUACCCAGGCGCACGAUGUGAUCUUGAAAGCAUGCAAUAUUCUUAUUCGUUCUCGGAAGAAUUACAACAAGAAUGGAAAUGGUCGGAAAUAUUCGCUUCUCAGCCGGAAAUCUUGUGUUAUCUCAAUCAUGUUACUGAUAAAUUUGAUCUACGUAAGAACAUUCAACUCGGUAAACGAGUGAGUGCAACCGUUUUCGACGAAACUCAAUUACGUUGGGAGAUAAAGACAGAUCAAGGAGACCGAUUCUUUGCCAAGGUUUGCAUCAUGGCCACCGGUUGUCUCUCAACAGCUCGCAUUCCACAAAUCAAAGGUCUUGAUGUUUUCACAGGUAACCACUAUCAUACAGGUCGAUGGCCACAUACGAAUAUUUGCUUUACUGGACGCCGUGUGGCCGUCAUUGGCACCGGUUCAUCUGGUAUACAAUUGAUUCCGAUGAUCGCCGAACAAGCAGAUCAUGUCUUUGUUUUUCAACGAACGCCAAAUUUCAGCAUUCCAUCUCGCAAUGGGCCUCUUGAAGCCGAAUACGAACAAUGGUGGAAAUCGAAUUAUGCAGAGUAUCGACGACAGAUCUUAGAAACGCGCGCUGCAUAUAUGCCCAAAAACAGCAAGAAUAUCUCAGCAAUGGCUGUUACACCAGAGGAACGACAAGCUGAAUUCGAGAAAAGUUGGCAAAUUGGCGGUCUUCUUUUUCAAGGAACCUUCAAUGAUCUCUUCUUCAACAAAGAAUCCAACAAUGAAGCAGCUGAAUUUGUACGCAAUAAGAUCCGUGAAACUGUCAAAAGUCCUGAAGUGGCCGAAGCUUUGGUUCCACAGAAUUAUCCAUUUGCUACCAAGCGUCUUUGUGUAGACAGCAACUACUUCCAGACCUUCAAUCAUGACAAUGUGACGUUAGUUGAUCUUCGAAACGGAUCAAUUGAUGAAAUAACGUCUAAUGGUAUUCGUAUCCAGGAAAAAACCUAUGAAGUGGACGAUAUUGUGUUUGCAACUGGAUUCGAUGCGAUGACUGGAGCUUUGCUGAAAAUUGAUAUACGUGGCAGUUCUGGCAAGACACUCCAAGAUAAAUGGGCGGAAGGGCCUCGCACCUACCUUGGUUUGAUGAUGGCCGAUUUUCCAAAUUUAUUCAUCAUCACUGGUCCUGGUAGUCCAUCAGUGCUGGUCAAUAUGGUUGUUGCUCUCGAACAACAUGCCGAUUGGAUAACUGAAUGUCUGAACUAUCUUCGUACGCACCAUUACGAUACGAUUGAACCGCAGGUAGUGGCAGAAACUGACUGGGUCCUUCAUGUUAACGCGGUCGCCAAUUCAACUCUCUAUCCUGUGGCGAAUUCAUGGUACGUUGGAGCAAAUAUCGAUGCAUAUGUUGAAUUUUCAUCAUAUCCGCUUGAUGAGUAUGAAAGUCCAUUUUCAUUUACAAAAGUUGAUAUUAUUCUUGAUGCAAAUUGGAUUAAUUUAUGCAAACACUUUAUGAAUUAUAUCUUUUUGAAAAAAUAUAUGGGGUUUGGUGAUUCUAAUCCAUUACAACCAAUUGAUUUAAAAUCAUCAGCAAUGAAACGAGUAAAAAAAUCUUAUGAAAGAUUUUUAUAUACAACUGCAAAAUAUCCACCAAGUAAACAAGGGCUCAAUAUGAUGCAGUAUAAAUUUGUUCAGAUAUUUCGAUCGUUAUUCGAUCAUUAUCAAUGA